CUCGGAUCGAGCACGUUUUAUCUGCAUAAAUCCAUAGACCUAAUAAGCUUUAUUUCUUUUGUCAAACUUAAGUUAUCAUCUUUACAUUAAAAAUGAAUUUAGUUGGAACACGAAUGUGUGUUUUAGCCAACCGAACAAUACUGGGAAGCAGGGAAUUCGUCACCACAAAGUCACAGUGUGGAGCGGCAAAUUACUGUCAUCCAGCGGCGGCACGCAUGAAGAGCCCCGGAGCUUCGGCGUAUUUCAGUGGUAACUAUCGCUGUACUUCGUCUAUUGCUAGCCUGUGUGGAUGCGAAUGCACGAGGGCGAGGAGUGUGAAAAAUGUUGAUGCAAUGGCAAUUAAAUCAUAUCAUUGCACCAAUUUGACCACCAGGUUUGACACAAAAUACUCUCGAUCAAGAUCGAGGUAUUCAGACUUUUGGAGACUGGGCAAAGUAAAUCCUGAUCAAGAUUUAACUUGUUUGGAAUGUAGGUCUAGUAAUGUCAAUGAAUUGAACAGCAAAAUCGAUUUCAGUGGACCUAGUAAAGUAGAAAAUCAGUUCAAAGUUCAAAGUUGCUUGAGGAAUGAUUUGGUUUUAUCAUAUCUACCUCAAAGAAUGUGUAAGUCUGGAACUUUUCAUCCAUUCACAUCAGGUGCCAAGUACUCUGUUGAUAAUCUCCAAUUAAUAAGUCCAGGAAUUAGUGGAGCUAGGAAAGUAAACAAGUGUCACAAUUUGACGGUAUGGAGGACCUUCAGAGCUUAUUCUGGUUGUUUUGCAAAGGAUAGCAAUGACAGCAAAGACGGUUUGGUUGAUGAGGAGCUCCAUGAGGAAGGAAUUGAGGAAUGGAUCCAUCCUGAUGAUAGAUCAGAUUUAAUCUUAAAUAAAGAUGCAGAGUUGAAGUCCUUGCUGCGUGAGCUUGCAUCAGACUUUGGAAAGGAGGCACUACAGGGUGCAGACGAUCCAGAAAACAGGACAACUGAAAAUAUGGAAGAUGAGUCCAAGUCUGGAACCAAGCUGGAGGGAGAUGUGAAGAUGAAGACAUUUGAUACUGAAGGACUUGAAACAUUUGAACCAAUCAGUGCUGAAAGAGAAGAACAGCGUGAGAAGAAGUUUGUAUUAAGCAUCGAUGAUCUUGUCUCCAUUCUGAGAGACGAGAAUGCCCAAGACAUCUGUGUCAUUAACAUCCCCAAGAAGAAACAAUAUGUUGACUACUUUGUGGUUGUGACCGGUAGAUCUCCUAGACAUCUUAAGGCAAUGGCUCUCCAUAUCAAUCAACAGUAUAAAUCCAGAAAGUCCCGAGAGGAUCCUUUUGUUCUGGUGGAAGGGGAAGGCACAGAUGACUGGAUAUGCGUCGACUUUGGUAAUAUUGCGCUGCAUAUAAUGUCAGAGGAGACUAGAGAGUUCUACGAGCUUGAGAAGCUGUGGACCCUUGGACCUGAAUAUGAUGACCAGCUCAGACGACUGAAGGAACAUGAGAUCAAGGUGCAAGAGACUCUGGACAGUGUGGAUGUUGGAAGGACAAGCAACAAGGAACAGGAGGGGAAUGAUGAUGGCAAACCAGUUCUAUCAUUUGCUAGAUGAAGCUGCCCGGGAAGACAAUUUGGACUGUAUGGAUAUGAUAUGACAAGGAUUGGUAGAGGUACUUUGGACUGGAUAAGAAUGGGAUUUCUGUUGAGAAUCAUGUGCCUGUGGAGUCUACUGAUAUUCAAGUAAUUAAUACAAAAUGUCAAUAAUUCAAGCUAACUUAUAAUUAAGUGGUAAUAAGGACCACAACAAAGACUAUUACGGUAUGCAAUUUAUACAUGGUAUAGAGGAUUGCAAUUCAGAUACGAUUAAAAUUGUCAAGGUAAUCUGAUAUUUCUUCUCAGUGAUCUUUUCAGAGCUAAAUGUUUUUGUAGUGUUUUUUUGUUAAGCUCUAGUGUAUAUUCUUCCCCACUGUGUACAGUUUGCACUCCUCAGGACAACACCAACAACCAGGGGUGGUGAUUUCUUUUCAUGACGGGGGGGGGGGGGACAAAAUGUGGGAUUUUCUACAAUAUUUACUAGUACAUUUUGAAGGAGAGUAUGCGAGGAAGCGUAACGACUGAGCGAGAAGAUUUUUUGCAUUUUUAUUAGUCUAUACGCUCCACUCCUGGGCCAUCCAGAACUUCAAGUUGUACAUGCCCCCCCCC